AUGUUCGCGACAGUCUCGUGGUGUCUUUAGGACCCAACAGGGCCAUCAUGGCUGCGCCCGUGACAGACGCCGGGGAGUUUGAAAGCUGGCUAAAUGAUCGACUAGAUUCGUUGGAGGUGGAUCGCGAGGUGUAUGGAGCGUAUAUUUUAGGGGUCUUGCAAGAAGAUGAAACUGAUGAGGAGAAGGGAGAUGCAUUACAAGGAAUCCUAUCUGCGUUUUUGGACGAGGAUUCACUAGAUAACGUCUGUGGAGAGAUCAUUAGACAGUGGACCGAGAGCUGUGCCCGAUCUACCUCCAAAAGCAAUGUAGAUGUUGAGGUACAGGCCAUCGCCAGCAUGAUAGAGAAACAGGCCCAGAUUGUUGUGAAACAGAAGGAGGUGUCUGAGGAGUCCAAGAAGAGGAAGGAGGCCCUAUUGGCUCAAUAUGCCAAUAUUACAGACAACGAAGAUGAAGCUGAAGAAGAGGAAACAGGUGGAGCUUGUGUACCAAGUGGUGAUAAAUCCCUGUUCAAGAACACCAACGUGGAGGAGGUCCUGAACCGGAAGAAGCAGCAGCGCGACCAGGCAAGAGACGACUCCCAGAAGAAGAAGGAACAGGACAAGAUGCAGCGAGAGAAGGAAAAGCUGUCCAAGCAGGAAAGGAAAGACAAGGAAAAGAAACGAACGCAGAAAGGGGAACGAAAAAGAUAAAUCUUGAGAGUGACAGGGUUUUGUAAGCGGACUAGCCCAUCGUUAACGCAUCUGAACGUGACUUCCUGUUGAGCUUCGAUGAUUUAACUUUUCGUUCUUUGUUAAAUUUUCAUACACUGCUAUACGUCUAAGAUUCUACCAAAUGUUCUCUAAAGUAUUUAGAGAUAUUUAAAGUGUUUAGAAGGCAGAUAAUUUGCAGCUCGUUUUCCACAUGAACUGGGUCAAUAAAUUAACUCAACUCUAGUUGAAGAAACAACUGAUGUUUGAUCAUGGACUCCACAAACAUGUUACCUGUCUCUCUUAAAAUGAGCUAACUUGAUGCAGAUUUUUCUUUAAACGGUUUAAGUUUCUACUUAUGAAGAAUGAGUACACCUUCUAUAAGAAAUAUCUAGCAACUAUUUACAUUGAGUAAAUACACCACUUGUUUGUUUCUUGCUCAUGCCUAAGAUGCUGUUGUGUGCAAUGUGCCACUUUUGAAAAUGCCUUAUGUCUACUUUUAAGUAUAGAGGCUAACACAACUAUUAUUUAGCUGCAACACCAAGGGAUAAUUUCAAUUCAGUUAACACUCAUUUAUGGAGGUUUUAACAAAUUGUUUCUUCUUUACCUCAAUACCUGUAUUAUAUUCACUGAACAAGCAAAGAUCUGCAAACAGCCUUUUAACAAAAGUUCAAAUUUAUUGAAA